GCAGUGAGGACAGCAAACAUAAGCAUGAGAAGAAGUUUUAAAACUACGGAUCCCAAAACCCAGCAAGGCAGCACCGGCAGUCCUCACUGCCGUGACAGAGAAAGCAGUUGCAUCUGACCAACGGGAAGCUAAUUUUGUGGGACGAGGGAUACCCCUGGCCCUUCCAGAACCAUCGCCCAGAGGAGCCCACUGACUGGCCAGGGACAGGCUUCCCAGCCGGCGACAAUGCAGGGGAACAAGAAGGGCACCGAUGGCUUCAGCGACACCUCGAGCAUCGGCAGCGUGCUGGAUGACGCCGACAGGGAGGUGAGCAGCCUCACAGACCGGGCCUUCCGGAGCUUGUGUGUCUCAGAAGACACGUCCUUCAGCGACUCUGACCUGGCCCUGUCCCCAGACGCCACCCGCCAGGUGUUUGGGAACUUCCACCCGGGAACGGUGAGCCACACCCGCAGGAAGAGUGGCAUUUGGAGCCAGUUGCCGUCUCAAGGCACGGAGCAUGCCGGCUGGGCAGCCACGUUCCAACAGCUCCCCAAAUACGUUCAGGGAGAGGAAGAGUACCCCAAAAGCAGCCCCCCACUCACACAGGCCCAGAGGAGACUGGAGGUGCCCAUUUCUGGCCUGAGGAGCAGCAGCAAGCCAAUUUCCAAAGUGUCCUCACUGAUUAAAUCUUUCGACAGGCCUGAGAGCCAGCAAUGCGAGGGCAGGCCUCCAACCAGCAAGCCUCCAACUAUCAAAACCACUCCCAAAUUCGCUCCUCUUCCAGAAAGUGGGGUCAACUUCUGCUUUGAUUCUGCCUUUCUGACGGUCAGGAGGGUGCCCGCGGAAGUCUCUGGCACGCAGCCCGGCAGGAAGCACGCGGAGCAGGAGGCCCCCAGGAGCCCUGAAGCGGCCUGUCAGGGCUCCAGCAGCCUCCUCCCAGCACCCGAAAGCGGGGCCAACUCAUCGGAGCCCACAUUCUCCUCCCCGCCCCAUAGACCGGCCCUGGGGGAGCCGGGGAGGAGCCAGGAGUGGGCUCGCAAAGGCACCUUCCUUCACAGCGAAAACAGUGCUUUUGAGUCGUGGAGCAGCCGCCAGCCACGGCUGCUGGAGCAGAGGGAACCUGCUGAGGCCGCCCCCGAAAACAAGCCCCCCAAACAUUAUGAGGACCCGCCCUUGUUAAGAGAGUCCCAAGCCCCUGAGAGCAAAGUCUCCCCCUGCCCACCCCGGGCCAGCUGUGGGCGAGAAGAGAACAGGCCGACCGCGGGCACUCUCUCCACAUCUGGACCCUGGAGGUGUAGGGACCCGGGAGCUCAGGUGUUCCCCACGGAGGAAAAGGCUCCCAGCUCACAGCCGGGCCUCCAGGCGAAGGCCACCCAACCCCCGUGGCGGAAACCAAAGCCUCGAAAAGGCUGCAACGACAGCGUGCAGGAUGCUUCGGGAGAGAGGCAGGCCGGCCGGCCGGGCCCAGCCCUGUACACAAAGCACCACCCCCAGGAGCAGUUUCCAGAAAACGAUGCUCUUGACAAUGUGGAUCCCGGUGACUGCUACAACCCUCCUUUCAACAUCAGCAAGCUGCUGACCCCCAUCAUACCCACCAAGCACGUCCUGGAUCCGUCCCACAGCCCACCCACGGAGGGCACCCCCCCACCCCCAGGGCAGCUAAACGGGUACCAAGAGGAGCCCAGUGAGUCCCGGGACAGCUACAAAGCCAGAGCCCCCAGCCUGCUGUUCAACCUCAAGGACGUGCGCAAGUGCGUUAAGAGCACAUACAGCCCCUCACCUCUCGUAAAAGGGCCCGAGGAGAAAAGCAGAAGCAAGCAGGAGCCCCUGAGCAAUGGCGUGGUCCUUCCCAAUGGGCUGGAGGAGAGCCCCCCACAGGAGCUUCGUAAGGAGAGACCAGCGGACACUCCUUCUCUGUCGCACGUCAGUGCCCAGAGCGGCCCUACGGCUGAUCCUGGUGAAACCUCCACGGACAACUACCUGACGCCUGGCUCACCUCCAGCCGCUGCCACAGCCCCCUUCUGUGUCAAUGGGGAGGCUGCCGACCAGAGCGGCUAUGAGGACGCCACCCACGGAGAGUCCGGUGUAGACGCCGCCAGGCACAGCUGGUCUCCGGAUGCCCGGGAGCGCUGCCCCAGGAAGCACCUGGCCCUGAAGCUCUGCAGCAGCGGGGAGCCCGAGGCGGGGCGGGCGGCGCAGCAUCUGCGGGCCCCCAGCCUGGAGAGCCGGUUCUCCAGAUCCAUGUCUCAAGAGACAGAACCCGAGAGAGAGGCGGGACUUCGGGAUCCGAACCUCAACCAGGAAGUCUCCCCGGGGCCCCUUUCUCCCGAGGAGGAAGAUGUGUUUUACAGCGACAGCCAGUCUGACUCCGUGCCAGGCCUCAAGGGCAAGGCCAAGUUCAGCACCAGCUCUUCGGAUCAGUCGUUCGCCUCGUUCGAGGAUCAGCAGAAGGCGAGUUCCACGGAGAGCCCACAGGAUGAGCCCCAGCACCGCGCCCCUGGUGACGGGUCCACGUGCGCGGAGGAGCAGAGCGGGAGGGGACCGUGGCGAGCCGCAGGGGAAGGUGUGAGUGGAGAGAGGCCCAGGAAGGCGUCGAGGGAGGAGGCUGACUUCAGAGGCGCUUGGAUUGGGGGGAGUCAGGACACAGCCCCUUCACCAUCGUCCACGUCCAACAGGCACAGGCUGUUCGCAAUCAAAGACAACACCCUGCGGGCCGCCCCCGUGAUAAGGCCCAUCAUGCUGCCCCUGCUGCGGGCCUUGUCCUCCGACGACCACAAGGAGGAGGAGGUGCCGAGGCCGGGCUGGGGCGAGGACGCCGGCCUUUGGGCCCCCAAGAGCCAGGAAAUGCCCAGCACCCCAACACCCACUGGCAUGAGGGGGCCCCCCUUAAAGCAUGUGGCCCACAAAGGAAUGGAGGACCAGGGCUGGGCGUCCGGUGUGGCCAGGAGGGAGGCCCAGGGGAAUAUCUCGUCUGUCCCUCUCGCAGGAGAGGGCGAGGGGCUGAAGCCCACCCCGGACGCCGUGUGGAAGGUUGUGGCGAAUGAGGACAGGAGCUAUUCCACAGACCAGGGGGGGCCGGAGGCUCCAAGGGGCAUCCCCACAAUUGCUUUGCCCGAAAGUGACUUACAAGGCCAGCCACCCCCACAGCAACUCAGAACCUCCUGGGAGGAGCAGACCCAAGAUUUCAAAAGUCACUUUUUGUCUACACCCCGAGCAGGGCCCCCAGGCAGGAGACUGGCUGCUGGCGAGCCCGUGGCUUCCCCCAACAGCAGCUCGCUGGAAGGCAGCAGCGCACACUCCCCCGCGGCCAGCAGCCUGUGGGAGGAUGCUUCUCAGGGCCCCUGUGAGCUGGGCCUGGUGCCAGGGGAGCCUUCCGGCCCCAGCCCCUGGGCCACCCCCAGCCCCGCCAGGGUGGCCCGGAGGGAGGACCUGACGCACGCCUGCGUGUGGGAGGCCAGCGCCGACCCCCAGCUGGAGCCGUCGGCGGAAGACCUCAGGACACUCUCUCCAGGAGGCUCGUUGCUGGACGUGGCCUCCGGCUCGGCCGUGCUCCCUGAGAAAGCACAGCCUUCUGCUCACCUAGAAAGGGCGGCGGCCAAGCCACCGGCGGUCCCGCCCAAGACAGAGAAGGCCCUGCGGAGGGCGAAGAAGCUGGCCAGCAAGAGGAGGAAGACUGACCAGAUGCAGGACGUGCCCGGCGGCGCCCGGGAGGAAAAGCCCCCCCUGGAGGACGCGGCGCCCAGGCCCUCAUCCCCCGGAGAGAGGCUGCUGCCAAGGUGCCCCGCCGUCCGCGCCCUGCCCCCUCCCGUGCACCGCCACUCGGUGGCCACCUUCUCAGAGCCUGGCAGGAGGCUAUCAGGGGGGCCCCAGUCCCUCAGGCCCCUGCUCCCUUACCCUGCCACCCAGAAGGUCCUCCAAGACCCCCAGUCUGGGGAGUACUUCGUCUUCGAUCUGCCGCUUCAGGUGAAAAUGAAGACCUUCUAUGACCCAGAGACAGGCAAAUAUGUCAAGGUCCCCAUCCCAUCCUCUGAGGAGGGCUCCCCGGAGCCACUCCCACCGGAUGUGUUUGCUGCCCCCUACGUUCUGUACCCUGGCAUCCGGCCCCUGUCUGCCAUGGCUUUGAUGCCACUGCGCUGCUCCUCUCAGCUCUCUGCCCCCACCUUCCUCGAGGGCCCUGGCGCCUCAGAGGCAGCCCGCCCUGCGCCCCCCACCACCUAUAGCGCUGACCUACAGCCAGCCUCCCGGCCUCCUGGUGACCUCGCCCAGCACAGUACAGGUCCGGGCUCCAGGGCGCUCCCAGGGACCCCAGGAGAGGGUGCAGUAGACGCUCCAAGCCUAGGUAUCAUCUCCAUCAAUGAUUUAGAGGACUUUGCCACAGAAGGCAUUUCCUGAGAAUUACAGCAGACAACACCCUCUGCCCCCCAUAAACCCCGAAGAGUUUAUUUCCCUCCCCCAGACACCCCCCACACACACACACACACACAUACUCCCUCACUCACCACGUGCCUAGCCACUUGAGGUCCUUAAGGUCUCAGAGGAAACAGGAUUCUGAAAACACCCACCUCCCAGCUCCCUGGGAGGCCGCUGCUGGCCUGACCUGGCCCCUCUGAGCCCCUUUUUGGACCCCAGACCCGCUCCCCUUCUUUCCUCUUCCUUCCUUCCUCCGGGUCCUUCUCCCCUGGCCCUGCCACUCAGGGACCCACCCUGCCCCUCAGGGCUGUUCUCUCUGCACCAGAUCCCCCCCCCCUUCUCAAGGGCAGGCCAAGGCCACCCCCAGGUCAGCUAGCUCAGCUGGGGUGGAAAUGGCUGAGGGCCCCUGAGGCAGCCUUGCAGAAAUGUUCAUUUGCAUAGAAUGAGUUUUCAUAACCGAGGAAGCUUUCCUCUGAACGCUAUUUUCUGAUAAAGAAAAGGCUACCUUUCACACCAUGGAGCACGUCUGUGGUGUGGUCUAUCUGGAACUCCUGUCUCUUCUGGGGGUCUGAGGGGUCUCAGCUAGUGAGUAGGAAAGGGCCACCUGCCCUCCAGGCCUCCCAUUGCCGCCUGUGGGCCCGCAGGGUCUUCCCUGGGACAGAGCAGCAGCCCAGGGCGCCCUGCCAGCCCGUGUCCGAGCUUCCUGGGCCAGGACUCCACUAGUGUGGGUGGCAAAGACAAGAACCCAAGACCACCAUUGUGGGUGGCCUGGCACCUGAGUCAGGUCCUGACUGUCUGGUGCUGAGCUCUGUGCGCUAAAGGGGAUGGUCUCUGGGGCCUGGAGGGGAGCAGCUGAAUGCACUCAGGGGAGCAGAGCCCCAACCACCUCUCAGCUUGGAGAGCAGGCAGUCUUCGAGGAGAUGCCCAGGGGCACCUCUCUCUCUGGGAGGGGCCAGGCCAGUCCUCACGGCCCCUGCUGGGGGCUCCCACUGAAGCCCUUCAUUCCUGUGAUGUGGGAAAGACGGACAAAGGCGCCUCCCUCCUAGAUGGCAGCUGUGGAGGCACCACACAGUGCGUGUCCUUGGGUUUGCUUGGGGGAUGGGGGUUUGCUUGGGGCAGUGGUUAACCACUGCUCACGAGCCACAUGCGGCUCU